AAGCACGUUGUUCAGCGAAGAAGAGCAGCCCAGUGGCGCUGUAACGUUAGCUGGCUCUGUAGCUUCUGUUGUUUUGGUUUUACUUGCACAUUUAUAUACAGAGAAAGUCUGGACUGGCUGGGAUUUAAGUGGAAGCGUCCUUCAGCAGUAGGAUAAAUAUGUGAAACGCACACAGGAGAAAUCAAAUAAUUAUUUGGUUUGUCACUCUCUACAGAGACAUCUUGAGCACACCAGACAGUGAACCAAAAUCAUUCAUUCACCAUGGAAUAUCAACGUGGUCGAAAAUCAAUUAGAGAGGCAUAUGAAGAGCAGUUCUCAGCAAUGGAUUCAAGAGAGGUGACAGUCCAUCGAGUUGUCAAUAUUGUUGAAAAGAGGAGCUCUACGCAUCGGCCGGGGAUAGAAUUUGACAGAGGCUUUAAUGAUGGCCAGUGGUAUGGUGGUACUCGCAAUUACCAGGACUCAAGAGAAUGUCACGACGCACCCAGUGAUCGUCGAUACUUUGAUGACAACACUAACUUCCGCAGAAAUUCUUCCCCCUCAAGAAAUGAGGGCACGUACUCCCAACAGUGUUAUGGCAGGGAUGAUCUGAGGCAUCAGUUAAGCUCAAGGAACAGUGGCAGACCCGGUCCUUAUUACCGCAACAGAGGUCGAGGGUCAGGCCCUCCUCUAAGAGAAGAUCACAAUAAAUAUAGGACCUCUCCGCCUGUCAAACGGGACCGCUCUCCAGGAAGGAGGGAAGCCCAGGCACCGGUCCGCUCUGGAUCAAACACCAGCAACAGGAGCUUCUCCCCCGACAGGGACAAAAGCUACAGCCACCAACAGUCCCAGAAAAAGCAUAAGCCCAUUGUGCCGACAAGCCACACUCCCAGCAACUCUGUGGAGGAGUCUCCUCACAGCUCAGCAUUUUCAAAGGAAAAAACCUCUGCAUCUGUAGCGGAGACGGAGGAGGUGGUGGCUGCCAGCAUGGAGCCAAAGCUGACACCAGAGGAAGACUUCAAGGCUCGCCGGUUGGAGGCCAUUAAGGCUAAGGCUCUGGAAAUUGAGACGCAUUACAGGCGGGACUGUGAGACAUUUCGCACUGUGGUGAAGAUGUUGGUGGCCAAGGAGCCCAGUUUGGAUAAUCUGCUGCAGGCUCCGCUGGAUGAGAACCUGUUGGAGAUCAAACAGCGCUGCCUAGAUGCCCUUAAGCACUUUGUGAAGGAGCUGGACGAGGUAUUGGAGCAGCCGGACACCUCAACAGAAACAACAGAUCACAAAACACUGAAGUGACAGGACAGAGACUUAAAUCUUAUCUUUGAAAUAAGUAGAAAGCUGUCCAAGUGGAUUGAAGAACUCUACAAUUUGUUUUCACGUUUUAUUUUAAUCCUGUUGUUUAAUCAAAUAAUGUUAUUAAUUAAAAAAGUAGAUUUAUAUGUAUUAUCAAUAAAACACAGAAUUUCCAGCGGUGACAUUUUUCCACUUGCUAAAACAUAGAUUGAAGACUCAAUGCUAGGUAUUUACUAAAAUAGAUAUGCUGCUACAGUGAAAUACCUUUAGUAUUAUGAGUACAGUCAGAUGGGCCUAUAGACAAGAUAUAAUUUCUAUGAAAACCUGAAUAAUUCAAAUUUGAAGCUUAAGCUGCGUUUUUUUUUUAGUUUUUUUUUUUUACAUAGUGUAUUGUAAUUCCAAUAUCUGUAUUUGUUGCAUCUGAAUUUGCAAGUGCAGCUAACACUAAAUGUUACACGUUCAAGUAUUCUUGAAAGGGUCCAAACUCUAUAUGGUGUUUUUUCAGUGCAGCACUGUUCUUUAUAGACAAUACUGAUUUUUUAAAUAUAGAUUAUGCAUUUUUGUCUUAUUUUGAGAUGUAAUUAAUUUGCUUGAAAAUAUCAUCUUUUAGAUUUUUAGUUAAACUUUUGUAAAUAAAAGUUGAGACCUUGAGUGAA